AUGCCAUCUUCAUCGCUUCGAUCUUCUUCGGAGUCGGAGAGCAGCAGCCAGGAGUACCUGCAAAGGCUCUUAGACUCGGCCCGCCCCUUCCUCCGUGGCGAGCUGGAGGCGAUCGACGAGAAUUUGCCUUCACUUGUGGGUGUGCUGCGCUCAGUUGGAGCAGGUGAGUGCUGGCACAAGCAUGGCACCUUUCUUGAACACCUGGUUGACAUAUACCGCAUUCUCAAGAUAUGGAAAGCCCAAGAUUCUGUCUGCCUUUGCGGCCUCUUUCACUCUGCUUAUUCCAAUUCCUAUGUCAACCUCGCCAUAUUUGAUCCCUCAACAGGCCGUGAAGUGGUCCGCAGCCAUGUUGGGGAUGCUGCAGAACGCUUGAUUCACUUGUUCUGUAUCGUCCCAAGACAGUCUCUAAUUCACGAUGACCUUUUGUUCCACUACACAGACUCGGAGCUCGUUGAACAUCUCAAACAAUCUGAGGUAUCGCUUGCUGCCCCUGCCACUAAUUCUAAUUCUAAUAAUCAGGAUCAGAUUCAGGAGGAUCACUCAGCAGCGCCUUGGAGUUGGAGGAAGAAACUGCAAACUCUUGUUCCUGCUAAUGGGAUUACAGUGAAGCACAUAAAGACCGGGGAAGAUGUCUUGGUCUCAAGGAGGGUAGUUGCAGUGUUUCUUAUGAUGACAAUAGCAGAUUUCAGUGACCAACUUUUUGGUUUCCAGGACGAGCUGUUUGAUAACAAAGAUGGCCGCCUUGAGUUUAAGGGCAACAACUAUGAAGCUCUGUGGCCUGGCGAUGGCAAGCCGGGGCUUUGGAUGAAUUCCAUAUCAAGAAUCGCUGCAAUAUACACUCUGAUCGUGAGAGAGGAAGCGAUUUUUGUUCAAGAGAGGAAAAUUACUAGUGCUACUGCAACUGGAGACAAGUUGGACAAAUCUAGAGAUGAAGAUAUUGAGCUGGUGGUGCCACCGACAAGUGCACAAGGAGAGAUUGUUGAUGAUGGUAGAGGAGCUGAUGAUGAGGAAGCGACGGCGGUUCUGUUGAGGUCGUGUGUUGAGAAAAACCCUUUUAUUGGGGAGCCACAUGUGGUGUUGGCUCAGGUUUAUUUGACAAAAGCAAAGUUUGAGGAGGCAGAGAGAGAGGCAGAGAGAGGGCUGACUCUGAUGUUGGAAUGGGGGAGUGCUUGGGACAAGAGGAUGUCUUGGGAAGGAUGGAUUGCUUGGGCAAGAGUGCUGCUCAUGAAGGCAAGAGACAGAUCAUGGCCACAAACUUCCUGGGGCAUCCUCAACUUGGGCCUUGUCAAGUAG